AAAGAGGUUUACUUGGUUCACAGUUUGCAGGCUGUACAAGAAGCAUGGUACCAGCAGCUAUUUCUGGUGAGGGCCUCAGGCUGUUUCCACUUGUGAGUGAAGGUGAAGGAGAACCAGCAUGUGCAGAGAUCACAUGGUAAGCGAGGAAGCAAGACAAAGCAGCAAGAAAAUCGAUAGGAGGGAGGUGCCAGGCUCUUAACAACCAGCUCUGACAGCAACUAAUAGAAAACUCACUCAUUAUCACUAGGAGGGCAUCAAGCCCUGUGUCAGGGAUCCACCCCCAUGCCUGAAAACAUCUCCCAUUAAGCCCCACCUCCAACACUGGGGAUCAAAUUUCAACGUGAGAUUUGGAGGGAUCCAACAAACCAAAUGAUAGCAAUAAUGCUCCCAAAAUACAGCAGGUAUAUGAAAUAUAGCAUUACUAAUGAAGUGUGCUUUACAUCUUCUCUGCCUGCUUCAUUAGUGAAUUUAUUACAAUAAAGUUUAAAAUAAGGCAAAGAACAUUCACCCUUCGGGCCAGGCACAGUGGCUCAUGCCUGUAAUCCCAGCACUUUGGGAGGCCGAGGCAGGCGGAUCACGAGGUCAGGAGAUCGAGAUCAUCCUGGCUAACACGGUGAAACCCCGUCUCUACUAAAAAUACAAAAAAUUAGGCCAGGCGCGGUGGCUCACACCUGUAAUCCCAGCACUUUGAGAGGCCGAGGUGGGUGGAUCACCUGAGGUCGGGAAUUCGAGACCAGCCUGACCAACAUGGAGAAAACUGAUCUCUACUAACGAAAAUACAAAAUUUUAGCCAGGCAUGGUGGCACAUGCCUGUAAUCCCAGCUACUCAGGAAGGCUGAGGCAGAAGACUCACUUGAACCUGGGAGCAGAGGUUGUGGUGAGCUGAGAUCGCACCAUUGCACCCCAGCCUGGGCAACAAGAGCAAAACCCCGUCUCAAAUAAAUAAAUAAAUAUAUAAAUAAAACAAAAAAAUUAGCCAGGUGUGGUGGCACACGCCUGUAGUCCCAGCUACUCAGGAGGUUGAGGCAGGAGAAUCGCUUGAACCCCGGAGGCAGAGGUUGCAGUGAGCUGAAAUCUGGGCACUGUACUCCAGCCUGGGCGACAGAGCAAGCCUCCAUCUCAAAAAAAAAAAAAAGAGAGAAAACAACAACAAAAAAACAAAACCAUGCACCUUUCCCUGAUUUAAAUGAUUCAUCAGUAAUUAUCCAAAUACAUGGUACUAGCCUAUUAGGGAAAUACCAUGGUUUUAAGACAGUUGUUCUCAAAUCUUUUUUUUCUUCUUUUCACGAAGGCCCAUUCAGGCUAGAGGAGCAGAGAGGGGGAAGCUUACAUCCAGUAAACAAAAUAGCAGUGAUUUAAAUAAAAUUGAGACCAGAAAACCGACUGCUUUCUACAUUUUAGGAACUGAUUAUCAUAAACAUAAACUUAUCUAACAGUAUCUGUAUUUCUAUUUGUAGCAAGCACAAAAGUUACAGUGUGCAGCACACUUUAAUCACUGCGUCAUUUAAUUACUGUGUCAAUAAAGGCAGUGGCACAGUCAGAAUUUGACAGAUUUGAGAAAAGUCCUGCUGAAAAGAUGAGACAAGUUCUGCGAUGAUCAUUUUUUAUAAUGUAAGCACUGUGUACAUUUAUAAAUGGCACGGUAGGGAUGGGAGUGGGCUGGGGGUAGAGAAUUCCGUAAAACAAGGGAACUUGAGGAAAUGCAAAAGACUGAAAAAAACCUGGCAUCUUCCAAAGGGUAAAAUUAGUACGAUUGUUUAAACUAUUUUGUCCUUAAUUUUAGUCAUUUCUAAUUUAACAGCUAAAGAACAAUUACUGUAUAAUAACUGAAAUAUUUAGUAUACUUUGUAUUACAGCACCCUCUAUCACAUGAUCAUAUACAGAAUACAUUUCUAUGAACUGGUUGCUUUAAUCUGUGAACAUUUAUGUAGCUCUCUACUGGUUCUAGGGUUUAGUUUACUACUUCCCAUCCACGGAGUCAAAAGGACUACUAACUUGUGCAGGCUUAGUAUCACCAGUAUAAUUUAGUACCGUCUCUCCUACAAUAGCAAAAAGCAUUAUUGACAAAGCAAUCCUGAACUCUAAAUUAUUCCAGGUGUGGUCCUAGUACCAACAGCAUCAGAAUCACCUGAGAUUUUACUAGAGCUACACUAAUCCAGCUGUAUCCUCAGACCUUCCCUCCCAGUUAUAACCUCUGGGGUUGAGGCCCAGCAAUCUGUUUUAACAAGCCUUCUAGAGAAUCUGGAUGCAUGCUCCAGUUUGAGAACCACUACUAUAGGAGAAAUAUAAUCAAAGAGUCAAGUUAACAUGUGCUAUCUAAACUCUAAAGGAAAUUUGUUUCAUUAUAUAUUGAUAUCCACAGCACCAUUCCAAUAAAACAUUUAAAACAACACUGUUAGUACUCCAAGAUUACAGGAAAAAAAGAACAUUAAAGGAAAAUGUGUUGAUUUUACUAACUUUGGGGAAAUUACUUUUCCUUUCUCUGAUUAUCUAAAAGAAACGUCACAUGCAAAAGAAUCUACAUUGAGCAUUUCUGAGGCUACCUUUCUGAAACUUCCAUGGCCUAUUUUAAAGCAAAUUACUACAUUCUGCUUCUCGAUGGGUUCCUAACACAUACACAGCAGGCUUUUACAACAGAGCUUUAAUAGGCGAAAGGAAACAAAAGCUUUUACAGCAGAGGCCAAUGUAAGCCACAAAGCUCGUGUCAUCUUCCUACCAGGCAAUUAAUACAGGGUCCCAGUCCUCAAAGAUUAAAGAACUGAUACGGGGAAGACUGAGAAUGACCCAGCAACAACGCAUAAGGAAGCAAAAAAUAAAAGGACACCGUCUCUUCUGGACUUAAAACUAGAGAAAGAACACAGUUUCCGCUCCAUUUUGGGUUUGUAAAGCUCCUCCUACAAGCAGCUUCCGCUUCAGAGUCGCCACAAAGUCCCUCCCGCGCCGGAACUCGGCGGGGCGGAGACUCGGGUCCCUCCCCGUCCAGGGCGGGAGAAAGGAAAGCAGGGGCCACGGUUUCUCUGGAAGGUUCCGAGAGAAGGGCGCGUGCCACCUCCGCGGGUGGCGGGAGACUCGGCACCAGAUGGCGCUGCCGCACCGAGAGCCAGAGCCUGGGCCGCUGGGGAGACGGGAAGAGGCGUCACCGGAUCCCUUCCUUUGCGCUCGUUGCCGGAAAUGUGCGCUGCAACCAGCCUCUGGUCCCGGAUAUUAAGACUUAUGGAGAGUUCCCGCCUGAGGGCGGGGCCAGAACCGGAACCGAACGGCGACCGACGGGCCCCGGAGCGGAAACCCGGGGCGGCGCCAGCGGGCCCUGGUUGCUGGAUUCUAUAAACCUGGAGAGUAAUCCUAAGAAAAAUCAUCAGAAGAAAGGAAUUUGUAGAACUAAAACUGCAAACAUCCAGAAUCUUGAUGGUGUGCCAAGCCAAAUGUCAACUGGAACUCAACCAAAAACUAAAGUGCUCUCUGAUAAGAGACCCAAAGAAAGAGUGGAGAUUGAGGCGAAAGAAGCAUGUGACUGGCUCCGUGCUGCCGGGUUCCCGCAAUACGCUCAGUUAUAUGAGGAUUCACAAUUUCCCAUCAACAUUGUGGCUGUCAAGAAUGAUCAUGACUUUCUUGAAAAAGACCUUGUAGAACCUCUUUGCAGACGACUAAAUACGUUGAACAAGUGUGCCUCAAUGAAACUUGAUGUGAACUUCCAAAGGAAAAAGGGUGACGACUCCGAUGAGGAAGAUCUUUGUAUCAGCAACAAAUGGACUUUCCAAAGAACCAGUCGCAGGUGGUCUCGUGUGGACGACCUCUACACGCUGCUCCCUCGAGGAGACAGAAAUGGGUCACCGGGAGGCACGGGGAUGAGGAACACGACCAGCAGUGAGAGCGUCCUCACAGACCUGAGCGAGCCUGAGGUCUGCUCCAUUCACAGCGAAAGCAGUGGAGGCAGCGACAGUCGCAGCCAGCCGGGCCAGUGCUGUACAGACAACCCGGUCAUGCUGGAUGCCCCAGUCGUCAGCAGCAGCCUCUCGCAGCCCCCAAGGGAUGUCCUCAACCACCCCUUCCACCCCAAGAAUGAGAAGCCCACGAGGGCUAGGGCCAAAUCAUUUUUGAAACGCAUGGAAACACUCCGAGGGAAGGGAGCCCACGGGAGGCAUAAGGGGUCAGGGCGGACAGGUGGCCUGGUGAUCAGCGGGCCCAUGUUGCGGCAGGAGCCAGAGUCCUUUAAGGCUAUGCAGUGCAUCCAAAUACCAAAUGGAGAUCUCCAGAAUUCGCCGCCACCUGCCUGCAGAAAAGGGCUCCCAUGCUCUGGCAAGUCGAGUGGCGAGAGCAGCCCAUCGGAGCACAGCAGCAGCGGGGUGAGCACGCCCUGCCUGAAGGAACGCAAGUGCCACGAGGCCAACAAGCGCGGGGGCAUGUACUUGGAGGACCUAGAUGUGCUGGCGGGGACAGCACUGCCGGAUGCAGGGGACCAAAGCCGUAUGCAUGAGUUUCACUCCCAAGAGAAUUUGGUGGUGCAUAUUCCCAAGGAUCACAAACCAGGAACAUUCCCCAAGGCACUUUCUAUUGAAAGCCUCUCUCCCACAGAUAGUAGCAAUGGGGUUAACUGGAGGACCGGUAGCAUCUCCCUGGGCAGAGAGCAGGUCCCUGGUGCCAGGGAGCCCCGGCUCAUGGCGUCCUGCCACAGAGCCAGCCGAGUCAGUAUCUAUGACAAUGUCCCUGGCUCCCAUCUGUAUGCCAGCACAGGAGAUCUUUUGGACUUGGAGAAAGAUGACCUUUUCCCUCACUUGGAUGACAUUCUGCAGCAUGUCAAUGGGCUCCAAGAGGUAGUCGAUGACUGGUCCAAAGAUGUCUUGCCUGAACUGCAAACUCAUGAUACGUUGGUUGGGGAACCUGGCUUAUCCCCCUUUCCAUCUCCUAAUCAGAUCACCUUAGAUUUUGAAGGUAACUCUGUCUCAGAAGGUCGGACGACACCCAGUGAUGUGGAAAGAGAUGUAACAUCUCUUAAUGAAUCUGAGCUUCCUGGGGUCAGAGACAGGAGGGAUUCUGGUGUAGGGGCCUCUCUGACCAGGCCAAACAGGCGACUCCGAUGGAACAGUUUCCAGCUGUCGCACCAGCCCCGGCCGGCCCCAGCAUCGCCCCACAUCAGCAGCCAGACGGCCAGCCAGCUGAGCCUGCUCCAGCGCUUCUCACUGCUCCGCCUCACGGCCAUCAUGGAGAAGUACUCCAUGUCCAACAAGCACGGCUGGACAUGGUCAGUUCCAAAGUUCAUGAAGAGGAUGAAAGUUCCCGACUACAAAGACAAGGCUGUCUUUGGCGUUCCUCUCAUAGUCCACGUCCAAAGAACGGGACAGCCCCUGCCUCAAAGUAUUCAGCAAGCACUGAGAUAUCUACGCAGCAACUGCCUCGAUCAGGUGGGUCUUUUUCGCAAGUCAGGAGUGAAGUCUCGAAUCCAUGCCCUACGCCAAAUGAAUGAAAACUUCCCUGAGAACGUCAACUAUGAAGACCAGUCUGCUUAUGAUGUGGCGGAUAUGGUGAAACAGUUCUUCCGGGACCUCCCUGAGCCUCUUUUCACCAACAAGCUCAGUGAGACCUUUCUCCAUAUCUAUCAGUAUGUCUCCAAAGAGCAGCGGCUGCAGGCCGUGCAGGCUGCCAUCCUGCUACUGGCCGAUGAGAACAGGGAGGUCCUGCAGACGCUCUUGUGUUUCCUGAAUGACGUCGUCAACUUGGUGGAAGAGAAUCAGAUGACGCCCAUGAACCUGGCAGUGUGUCUGGCCCCCUCCCUCUUUCAUCUUAAUUUAUUGAAGAAAGAAAGCUCUCCACGAGUCAUACAGAAGAAAUAUGCCACCGGGAAGCCAGAUCAAAAGGACCUCAACGAGAAUCUGGCAGCAGCUCAGGGGCUAGCGCACAUGAUCAUGGAAUGCGACAGACUUUUUGAGGUUCCACACGAGUUGGUGGCCCAGUCUCGUAACUCGUAUGUGGAGGCUGAGAUCCACGUGCCAACCCUGGAAGAAUUGGGGACGCAGCUGGAGGAGAGUGGGGCAACUUUCCACACUUACCUGAACCAUCUCAUCCAGGGCCUCCAGAAAGAAGCCAAGGAGAAGUUCAAAGGAUGGGUCACGUGCUCCAGCACGGACAAUACAGAUCUUGCUUUCAAAAAGGUGGGCGACGGGAACCCGCUGAAGCUGUGGAAGGCUUCUGUGGAGGUGGAAGCACCCCCCUCGGUGGUCCUGAACCGCGUGCUGAGAGAGCGCCACCUGUGGGACGAGGACUUUGUGCAGUGGAAGGUUGUGGAAACUCUAGACAGGCAAACAGAGAUCUACCAGUAUGUGCUGAACAGCAUGGCUCCCCAUCCUUCCAGAGACUUUGUGGUUCUCAGGACCUGGAAAACUGAUUUGCCCAAAGGAAUGUGUACCCUGGUGUCCCUCUCCGUGGAGCAUGAGGAAGCCCAGCUCCUGGGUGGUGUGCGAGCAGUGGUGAUGGACUCGCAGUACUUGAUAGAACCGUGUGGCUCUGGCAAGUCAAGACUGACUCACAUCUGCAGGAUAGACCUGAAAGGUCACUCCCCAGAAUGGUACAGCAAAGGCUUUGGACAUCUGUGUGCAGCAGAAGUUGCCAGGAUUAGAAACUCUUUCCAGCCCCUCAUUGCUGAGGGCCCAGAAACUAAAAUCUGAGUUUUGCCCAGUGUGACAUCAAACUCAGGGAAGAGGAAACUAAAGUGACAAGUGUGGCAGAGAGUGUGCAUGUGAGAAAGCGAGAGAAAGAGGAACUGAAGGACGUGGUUAAUGCCUAAAAAUGGAAACGUUAAGAAGUCGGAAUGUUGGAGAUGCAAGAAUUUCCAAGAACUUUCUUAGCCUUCCUGGAGAUGGCUACAUCACUACUAAUAUAAUUUUAAAAUGAGAACUUUAUAUAUAUUACUUAAAAUUAAAUGGAUUAUUCCUUGUGCAUUGCCUAAUUUGCUAUUUAAAGGCUUCUAAGAAGCGUAUACCUAACUGUAAAUAAAUGUAUGUAUAGCAUAUGUACAUAUGUGUGUAUAUCUCCAUCUUUACUGUAUAUAUGUAAAAUACCAAUUUUAUAUAGAAUUGUGUGUUUUGAAAAUGACGGUGUCUGACUCAGUGAGUCCCUUCCUCACAUAGUUCUUUCCAAGUGGCUCUGGGCCCCAUCUCUCCACUGUCCUGUAAGCUGUGCAGAACCUGCUGCUAACACCAAGGUGUGAACAUGCCCUGAUGCCUAACCAAAGAUUAGUUAACCAAAGGAAAAUAACAUUAAAGGAGACUUAUGUGUUAAUGCUUUGUUUCUGUUAUUCAAAAACUGAGAGUGGAGAUCUGGGAUAAAGCAAGGAAAUAAUAAUUACUCCUCCUUAAAGCAAAUGGGGGGGUGAGAAGUCAUUACCAAAUUUAAAGCUAGAUGAGGAGUUGCCACUGGGCCCAGUAAGAUGGAAUUUCAGUGAGAUAUGGACCACCGGAGUCAGCGAGAGUGACUGAAACAGAAGCGAUACCUCUCACUCCCAUGCCCAUCACUACAGACCCCAAGUCAAGAUGAAUAUCAUAGCCUUUACUUAUUCACAGCCAAAGUGAGCCCCUGUGUUGUCUCAAGUUUUUAUAAAUACAUUUCAUAAUGUUAUUAAAUGUCAUUCUAUUUGACCAGUGGCCUAUUUGGUCACAGUUAAUUGGUGUUUUCCUAUUGCACUGAAUUCAACUCCAGACACCAGACAAAAGGAGAUGAUGGCCAUUCCGUUCAAAUCCUAGAUCAUUACAGCUUCAGGGAAUUCAUAUUUUGCUAUGUGUAGGAUACUCUUAAAAUGUAAUUCAUUAAACUUUUACAAUCUGAAAGACAGGGUUUUUAACUAACAUGAGACCAAAACUAUGUUCUUUGAUUAGUUUUAGAAAGUAUAAUUGGGUUUAUUAAUUCUUCUGUGUUUCUUCACUAGCCAGUCCAAGCUACCUAUGCAUUUGACCCAACCUUAUUUAUUAUUGUACAGAUGAAGCAAAUUGACUCCCUUUAGCCAACUGCUAAUGGAUCGAAUGUGCUUUUUAUUGUAAUUCAACAGCUAUGGAGAGAAAGAUAACUUAUCGUGUGUUUGAUUUCAGGGAGAGAGAUUUUCUUUGGUCAUCCGUAAUAGAGAUUGAUAAGAUUUAGCAACUGGUGUUGGAGAAAAAAAGAAAAGAAAAUGAGUGUUUUCAGGUUUUUUUGUAUUAUAUGCAUUUAUAUAAUGUUUCUGUUAUCAGCAAUGUGCAAUUAUUUUAUUGAGAGGAAUAAAAAAGCUUUCUAUGAGUUUGGUAUGGUGCGAGGAAAAUCUUACAGUUUGAAUUAUGACCUAGAAAUUUUUCAUUCCCAUGUCUACCUAAGAAGGUAGCAGUAAAUCCAUAAUUUACCUUUUGGGCAAUGCUUUGUGAGCAAAACAAAGUCACUUCUGCCAUAACAUCUUGAAUUUAACCAUAUAUGCCAGAUUACUUUAUAUGCAUCAACAAGAUCACCAGUGAAGUUUAAUCUAGCUAAACACUGGUCCUGCUCCUGAGAUGGGAUCCUAUGUGUUUGGAAAACGUGAUAGGCACACGAGGAUGAGUGGCUUUGUAUCGCCCAGAGAGGUGCUUGUCCAGAUUUCACAUGCACAUGAAUUGCCUGGGGAUCUUGUGAAACUGCAGACUCUGCUCCAAGUAAUCUGGGCUGGGCCUGAGAUUCUGCAUUUCUAAGGAGUCUCAGGGAUGCCUAUGCUGCUGGCCUAAAACCACACUCAGAAAUGAGGACCUAGAAGAUCCCUGAAACAGAAUAAGAACAAAUGUGAUUGUAUUUCUGAUUCUCCCUCUCUUCGAAUUAUCUGACUUUUUUGUUUUUGUGCACAUAGUAAUCAUAUCACCGCUGCAUAACAAUACAGUGCAUCUUUUUAAAAAAAGGAAAAGGGAAAAAAAGGAGAAAAAACGAUGCAUCAAGCUUGUUUGUCAAAUACCACAGUAUUUUAUUCAUUGUUAUCUUGCCAAUGGAAAUAAAGUAUGAUACUGCAUUUAAAUAUUAUAUUUAUACCUCAUGUAUAUUUUUACCUCAAUUGUUGAUAUCAAUCAUCAAUUGUAAAUAAAUAAUUGCCAAGGCAAAUAAAUUUAUAUAUAUUAAAUA